AUGAGUGUUACUAACAUCACGAUCAAACGAUUCGUACCUCCACUCAUCCGGUUCCGACCUUCGGACCAUUCCUUCUUGUACAUGUCCACGCUCAGUGGAUAUGCUCAAGUCUCAGCCGAGUGGGCGGUCGAGUCUCAGUUCUUGCACAUGCUCAAAAUCCCCCUUCAAGGACAAAUUCAUGCGCAAAUGACCGGUCUGAUCUCAGAAAUUGCCAUGCAGGUCAGUUCAGUUGAGCGCAUGAGUUUGUGAAACUCUUUUCUUUAUAGAUUACUCAAGACAACGAAGUGGAAGUUCAUCAUUGUGUUGCUCAGAUCCGUGAUCUGAGGGUGAGCUUCGAUGUAAGUCAAAGUUUUCCUUCAAUGUUCUUUAUAUCUGUCUUUAAGGGAAGUAUGGCAGCAGAUGUUCUACAUUGGUUCCGUCAAAGUGUCACACGAGCUAUCAGAAGAACUCUUGAAGAGGUAACGACCAAAAGCGAACAAAACUUGUUUCAUAUUCAUUUUCAGGAGUACUGUGACAUGAUGAGAAACCAUUGGCUCCCGUGGGUUGAAGCGCAACUCUACCAAUUCCCAACCAAUUUGACAAUUAGUCAUUCUCCGGAUGUAAGGGAAACAGUCAUUGACGUAUACAUUUUUAGCAUUUUGUUCAGGUGACACUCAUUCAAACGAUGCAAUCGAUUGCUAUGACCCAACAUCAUGUUGACGUUCGAAUGAGAAGUGAUUUGAUUUGGGACGAUGAAUUUGUGGAAAGUGGAAUGGUAGAAAACGCCACGCUCACUAGUGUUGGUAGGAUUCUCAACAGAGAGAAUUGAUUAUUUUAAAGUCUAACUGUUCUCAGAGUCACUUCCAAGGUCCACAAGAAUGAUUGACAUGUUCAUUGACGAGCACACCGUUCAGAGCAUCAUUGCAGCCGCUCACUUUGCUGGACAUCUCAAGUCAGUUUGAUCAUCCAGUGAUUGCUAACAGUCGAAACGGAUUGAAUUGCAGGACCAAAAUAGAGUCUCCGUUUUUGAAAACAAGUUGUGACGUGCUUUGUAUUGGAACAGUUUUGCCAGAGCUCGCAGAGCAAGUUCCAAACAGGACUCUUUCUGUGGAAGCAUCCACACUCUCGCCUCCAGUCAUUGAUCUUCAAGAAGGAAGAGCUCUGGUCUAUCUGAACGCUUCACUGAAUGUAUUUUUUAAUAAAACAAAGCACAAAACAAGACGGUUUGCAGGUAUUUGCUGCUCCUUCUCUGAAAACUGUCGAAGGAAGUAUGCUGACAAUCAACGUAGAAACAGAAUUCACACUGACAAUGGAAAUGAGGAACAAGCGAGUUAAAGGAUACAUCAACAUGAUAAACGCACAAGCCAACCUGGUCGACAGUAAAGUUGGUCUAAUGUCACAAAAGGUAAAGACCAAAAGAGAGAAAAGGAACUGAAGAGAGCGGGAUUUCAUCUUUCCACAUGAGUAAGCCGCGGUUGUUUGCCAAGAUAUGCACUCGCCUGGCGGGGAGUGCGCUGUUUUAUUUCUUUUUAAACAUAACUACGUUCGCAUCAACAUUUUACUUGCAGACUGUGGAUUUCCUCGUGAACAUGUCAACUCCAUUCCUUGAAGAUGCGGUGGAUGUUCUGAUCGGAAGAGGUCUCAUUGUGGCUGACCCCUUCCAGUUCCCUUCAACAAAUGAACACUUGAGCAUUCAUGACAAAUGUCUCCGAUGGGAAGCCGAUAUAGUGAUGCCAACUGUUGUUGCCCAUACCAGUGUCUUUUAG